CAAAACGAUCAAUUGCCAAAGGUUGUUAUAGCUAGGCCGGAGUGCGCACAGAAAAGCUAGCUAGGAAGUAGGAACCAUGAUAAGUGAAACACAACACACCACCAUCCAACAUAAGCCUGCAGGUUACCCUAUUACCCCACCCAACAAGGAGAAGAUGGAGCGGUUCUCGCGAAGCGAGCCAAGGGGUGAUGAACAGUCUUGCUGCCAAAAAUUAUUACAAGAACAAAGUUUAAAUGCCUUAAAGAAAAGUAGCAGAACAGGUCUGGACACUUGGUCUCACAAACCUAGAGAUGCUAUGGGAAAUUCUGGGUUUAGAGUGCCUCAACCUGUAACUAAAUUGGGGGGACUGCUUCCCACUCCAUCAACCAGUGUUGCACACAAUAAAAAACCUUAUAUAAGUGGAAGAAGAGUCCUACAACCCUUGGAUAUUGAGG